CACAUGCUCGUGGCUGUCGGGUGCGCUGCUGUAAGAGCCCUGGUAACAAUUAGCGUAGGGGGCUUCAGGUUGGGGAGUUUUGAAUACGUGGAUUGUGGUAUGGAUUGUUGCUUGGAGCUUUCCUGGUGUUUGCUCUUUGCGUUCGCAGUGUUUGUUGGAUUUCAUACAGUGGACUCUGGAUAUUGGAGAAGGCUCAAGGGUCGGCUUGGACUGUCGGCGCUGUGAUGUUGAAGGAAAGAAGAAUAGGGCGAAGAUACGUGGAAGCGGGGGCUUUUAUACAUCGGGGCACGUGACCGUCUGCGACUCGAAGCGGAACGCAA